AUGUUAGAUGUUGGCAUUGCUGAUGAUGAAUUAUUGAAUGAAGAAGCUUUAAAGACUAUUUACGCUCUUAUUAAAAUAACAAAAGAAAAAGUGAUCAGUAGAAUGAAAGAUAAAAACAUUGAAAAAAAUUCUCCAGGAAAAAGUAAUCUUCAGAAGUGUUACUCGGAAAAUAAAGUCUACGAGGAAUCUGAUUUGGGUGACUAUUCGUCUCAAGAGAUCACGCCACAGAAAAGGGAGAGGCAAAAAUUUAACACGUGGCGCGGUCAGCUUGGUCAUACGAGGCCUAAGCGGCGGCCACUCAGCCUGAGUAUUCCUAAUAACAUGGAUCUACCGGACGAUUAUCUUGACGACAACAAUAGCGAAAUUCUAAUGAAGAAAUCCUCGCUUAAAUCUAUUCAAUCGUCCCUAAACAGCUUAGACAAAUCUGUUAAGAGUGCGUCUGCUAAGAAUGUAGCUAUGCCCAGAAAUUAUGGACUAAGCAGGAGAUGGCUGGGACCAGUGAGGUAUCCGGUGACACCUUGCAAGAACAGCAAUACCGAGAGUGCAAUCGCAGACGAAAAUGUAAUUAGGAGACAUUUCGUUUAUGGUGCUGGUGAUUCUGAUGAAGAUCAGAUAUUUCUA